CUAAUAUUUCGGCAAUAAUAAAUGUAUUCAAAGUUUGUCUUUUCAGAAAGUGAAAUCAGUAUCGACUCAUCAAGUUGGUACCGCUGCUCCAGCCAAAUCUUUCAUUUCAGGCGUCGGUGUUUCCGCUGGGGUUAUCGUCCACGUGUUUUAAUCUAUAAAUUGGAAUUAAAAGGAGAGAUGACGAAUCCAGAGAAGAAGGUGGCCGCUGCCAAGCCCGCUGCUAAAGCCGCCACCGGCAAGAAAUAUGGUGCACCAAGGAACUACGACCUUGGCAACGGCCUCUACAGGUUCAGCCGCACAAAGAUGUUCCAUAAGAAGGCCCUAUGGAAGUUUGUCGACAAGAAGAACCCGAAGAAAGAGAAGCCAAAGAAGCAGCUGACCAAGGAGAAGACGAUCGGCGGCGAGAAGAACGGAGGCAAGCGAAUCGUCAGUUUGGCAAAGAAGACCAGUUCGUACCCGACGUGCGACAGAAUCAGGAAGCACCCUGCCAAGAAGUGCUUCAGGCAACACAAGCGCUCGCUGCGCUCAAGUCUGCAGCCCGGCAAGGUGGUCAUCCUGCUGGCCGGUGUCCACAAGGGCAAGAGGGCAGUCUUCCUCAAGCAGCUCCCUAGCGGUCUGCUCCUCAUCACUGGUCCCUUCACACUGAACGGUGUUCCUCUGCGUCGCAUCCACCAGUCCUAUGUGAUUGCCACAUCCACUAAGAUCGACAUCUCCAAAGUGGAAAUUCCAUCGAACGUCGACGAUGCCUACUUCAAGAGACUGAGGGCGAAGCGCGCCAAGAAGGAGGACGGCGACCCGUUCGUGGCCAAGAAGGAGCAGUACAAGCCUUCCGACCAGAGGAAGUCCGACCAGAAGGUAAUCGACAAACAGCUCAUGAAGGCCAUUAAGACCGAGAAGGACAGUAUUUUGCUUAGAAAAUACCUGUGCACCAUGUUUGGUUUGAGAACCAACCAGUUCCCACACAGAAUGAAGUUUUAAUUUUUGAAUACUUUUUUUUACUAUCGAUAAGUAUGAUGAAUGACUUUCUUUGACUUGGAAAAUUAUAUUCAUAUUUAUCAAUUGUUCGAAAAUUAUAGAAAACUUCCAAAAAUCCA